AUGCCGCUGCCGGAGAGGUGGUUUGUGAGCCCUCUGAAGCGGGCCGGCGAGACCUGUGGAAUCGAGUGGGGAUGGCUAUUUUCAAUGCCGAAGAAAGAACGGCAAGCGGGAAAGGGGCAUGGCAUGAAGGCAAUCGUAGUAGAGAAUCUGCGAGAACGCCUUCAUGUCCACCAAUGUGACGAACGCUCGUCCCGCUCCGCUCUGCAGCUCGACUUUCCGUUAUUCGAGUACACUACAGGAACGGCCGAGGAAGACGAACUUUGGCAGCCACAGGAAACGAGGGGGCGCAAGACAGAGGAUGAGCUUACAACUCGCAGUGGCGGGGGGAUGGACCAGGUGUUGGAUGUGAGUGAGGGGGCUACUUUCAUCAGCAUCACUUCACAUCCUGGCGCUCUUUGGGGUGUCUACAAGAUUUUGGGCGUACCUCCGAAAAGCCUGGUGGUGGGCGAAAUGAAUGUCCUUGUCCUUCGAGUCAAAAAGGUGACCGAGUAA